AGUGAGCUGGACAAGCACGGAACAUGCGCAAAGGUCGCGUUUGGAAGGGUCCUCCAGUAUCCCAUCAUGCCACUGGUUGCUCUGCAGCUGGAUCGCGUGAGAUCCCUUCUGCUGGAAAGAUGGUGGCAGAUGAAAAUAAGGAAAAUGAGAAGCCGGUUGGUGGAAUUGGUGACACUUUGAGUCUGGAAAUCUUGCAGAUCAUUAAGGAAUCCCAGCAGCAGCAUGGAUUGCGUCAUGGUGACUUCCAGCGAUACAGGGGUUAUUGCUCACGUCGUCUACGGCGCCUCCGUAAAACUCUUGGCUUUAAAAUGGGAAAUAGGCACAAGUUUACAGGAAAGAAAGUUUCAGCAGAAAUGCUGACUGACAACAGGUACCUGCUGUUGGUUCUAAUGAAUGCAGAAAGAGCCUGGAGCUAUGCCAUGCAGCUCAAGCAAGAGGCAAACACUGAGCCCCGUAAGCGUUUCCACCUUGUCUCCCGCCUACGCAAGUCUGUGAAGCAUUCUGAAGAGCUGGAGCAUCUUUGUGAAAGUGAACGUGUAGAUGCCAGGACAAAGCUGGAAGCGCAGGCAUACACAGCAUAUCUUACAGGGAUGUUGUUCUUCGAAUUACAGGAAUGGAAGGCUGCGAUGGAGUCAUUUAACAAGUGCAAGACAAUCUAUGAAAAACUAGCAAGUGCAUUUACAGAGGAGCUAGCAGUGCUGUACAAUCAGAGAGUGGAGGAGAUAUCCCCAAAUAUCCGAUAUUGUGCUUAUAACAUAGGUGAUCAAUCAGCAAUAAAUGAACUGAUGCUAAUGAGGUUGAGAUCUGGUGGAACAGGUGGCAUGUUGGCUGAAAAACUUGAGGCAUUGAUCACUCAAACACGUGCAAAGCAGGCAGCUACUAUGAGUGAGGUGGAAUGGAGAGGAAGAACAAUCCCGGUGAAAAUUGAUAAAGUGAGGAUCUUCUUACUUGGACUGGCAGAUAAUGAGGCAGCUGUUGUACAGAAACAACGGGACCAUACAAUGGAAACAGAGUCUGGAAGAGUAUCAAAUCUGCAGUACCUUCACAGCUAUCUGACCUACAUCAAGCUAUCAACUGCUGUGAAACGUAAUGAGAGUAUGGCAAGUGCCUUACAGAAGGCAUUGAAGGAGUCCCCGCAAGAUGAUAGCAAGCGCACACCACGACCACAAGACCUCAUACGUUUGUAUGACAUUAUCUUACAGAAUCUCACUGAGCUAUUACAACUGCCAGGUCUAGAAGACGACAAGAACUUUCAGAAAGAGAUUGCUUUAAAGACCUUAGUCUACAAAGCUUACAGAUGCUUUUUCAUAGCACAGUCAUAUGUCUUGGUGAAGAAGUGGAGUGAAGCACUUGUUCUUUAUGAGAGAGUUCUCAAGUAUGCAAAUGAAGUACAUUCCCAGGCACAGACCUUCAAAAAGGACUUGCCAGAUGUACAGGAGCUGAUUGCUUUGGUGAAUGCAGAGAAAUAUUCUCUUCAGGCAGCUGCAAUCCUGGACACAGAUGAUGCAUCUGAGACAGAAUCACCUUCUCUGGUCAAAGACAGAAAGCCUUUGUCUGAACAACUGGAUGUGUUUCGGUUGGAUCCUUCGCUUGUAAGCAAGCAGGCUAGCCUGGUGAAGUUUCCGCCUGAUUUUCUGCCAAUCCCUUGCAAGCCAUUGUUCUUCGAUUUGGCCCUUAACCAUGUAGCUUUCCCUCCUUUGGAGGACAAAGUGGAACAAAAAGCAAAGAGUGGCCUUACAGGAUACAUAAAGGGCUUCUUUGGCUUCCGUAGCUAGUAACACCUGCACAUUUUUAACAUUGAGCUGUACAGGCUAAUAUUGGCAAUGUUUUUAUUUGAGAAAUCUUUAUUUACCUAUGUCAAACUCCUUUUCUUGCAAACAGCCAUAUGAACACAUCUUUGGAGGGAGGUUGGGAGGGUUCUGAUAUUAUAUGGAAUGAAAAACAACUCAAAAUGUGUUUUGUAUUUUUCUUUGUCCCAUUAUCCUCGCGUUCUAGGGCAGUACAUUGACGUUUAAAUAAAAUCAUCUCAUGAACCUUCUUUUUAUGAAUUUCCAGCCCUGUAAUUUAAUUCUUUGACUCCUGCUUUUUAGUUGAGCUCCGUGGUGAGUUUAAUUUAUCUUUUAAUUUUGUAUACCCAAGGUAAGUGUUUCUCAAAAGAUCAGAUAAGCCUUCCACAAGAGGAUUGAACUAUUUUAUGGGAGACUUGAGCUAGUCAGAAAAUGCUGUAUACUUGAAAUCAACACUAAACAGUUACAUUUUACGUGGAAUUUGGUUGAAUUCAGGAUAAAAGUCAAUGCAUGUGUGAGUAUUUAUAUGCAAGCUAACAGUAAAAAAUGUACUAAGCCAUAGUUUCAUCAUUUCAAAGAGUUUGUGUUGAGAAUAGUCUGCAUCUUUGCAGUGCAAGUGCAGCAUGUGCAUUUUUUUAAUCUAUAGAGGACGUUGAAUGAUUUUUUUUGUGUCUUAAGGGAGGCUCUGCAUGACAAAAGUCUGAGAAUCUGUGCCUUAAAUGUAAGCACAUCUUUUAUUGGUUGGACUGAAAAGUCUUUUCUUCAGGGGUAUAGAAAACUUUAAUUGUUGUAAUGUAUGAUUAAUUUGCAAGUCAGCUUUUGAUCUGUAAAACUGAUCACAGUAAAAAAAAAAAAAAAAAAAAAGUGUGCUGCAGCACAAAACCUACAUCAGGCUGUAUUGGUGUCGGGUAUUUGACUUCACAGACUGUUUAAAAUCAUUUUGUGUACAUCAGUUGUCUGUCUAUGCGUUUGUUCUUUUCCAGAUAUAGUAUUGAUGUUAAAGUUCAAAUAGUUUUGAGAAACAGUGAAGAUUAUACUUUUUUUUUUAGUAUUUUAGUUGUACUGUUUACUCAUUUAUUUUUCCUAUGACCACAUCCCCAAAAUGAUGCCGUGGCAGGUAGUGGGCAGUGAUGUACAUAUACCAGCAAGGUAUUCUGGUUUCUCAUAAACAACUUAGAAGAGCAGCUACUUUACUUACUUUGAGGUUUCACUACAUAAUCACAUAUGCUGAUUUUCAGUGUAUGGUGUUCCACUUACAAGGUGGUUAAUAACUUGUCUUUUUCGUAAACAUAAGACUUCCCUGUUGCUGCAGUUAAAUGCUAGCUUCUGAUUUAGUGAAACAUUGUGGAUUUUUUUCAUGCUUUCAUGGCAGUAGUUUUUAGCUCCAAGAAAAAAAAAUAAAGUAGGCUCCCUUUGUGAACAAAACAAAUUAAAAAAAAUUACGUUUUUGUAUUCGAACUAUGGAGUGAGUUGUUAUAGAUGGUACAGAUGUUCUAUCCAGCUCCAAAGGUUUGUUACUUUGAUCUGCUUCAGAAGAUGCAGGCACUAAAUACAAUUUUGCUUCAUUCUUUGUACUCUGUGUUUUACUGUUCCCUCAAUAUUACAGUGUAAACCAUUGUAGAAUAAUUUAUUUUUCCUUUGCUUAUGUGCCUGAUAAAAAUAGUACUGCAAUCAUAUUUAUUGCAAUUUUUUGUUUUCUAAAUUAAAAUCUGUUUUGUUUUAGACUCCUAAACGUGGAACAUACAGCUUUCCCCACACUGCUUUAAGAAUCCUUAGUAUUGCAUUCUUUAAAACAUUUAAAUAUAUAUUAUUGCUUCAUGUGCUUUUUUUGUGUGUGUGGGAGGGGUAAUCAUCAUAAGCAAACUAAGUAACUACAAAUGAUGCACGUCACUGCUGCAGUGUCAUUCUUGAUCUAUGGAAAUUAACCACUGGUUGGCAUCCUGAUUUUCAGACACCCCCACUGUUAAGAUGAACUCAUCUUCCUGGCUAAAAUGUCAGUAAAAUAUCAGAUCAAGAAGGAAAGCGCCCGUACCACAUUUCAUUUUUGCUACAAGAAGAGAAUGUUCAGUACAUAUGUCUGUCAACCUGUUCUAGAUGAAUGAUAUGUCCUAAUUUGGGAAAUGCUUGUCUAAACUGUUUUGUAAUAUUUCAUCUGCAUUAUGACAUUGAAGGAGUUCUACUUCUACCACCAGACAGUAGCCAGGCCCUGACAUCAGAUGCCUCAAACUUUGCUUGGAAAUUAUGUACUAAUUACAGAAGGUCCAGGGUAGGUGGAGCACUACAUUGUUGGGCAAACAUGUAAAUGAAAGAAAUAACUCUGAUCCAUGCUCAGCAGGCAUUCAAGACAUAUUUUGGUACAUAAAUGUGCAGGAGGGCAUUGCUUGGGACCUGGUCUCACAACAAAGGCUGCACCUCCUGUUCAGAUGCAGUCCUGUUACACUGGAACUCCCUAGUAGGCAACAUCAGUUGAACCUCCUGCAGUCUCCAUUAAUGAAAACUUAAUAGAAUAGUUUUCCAAGAUCUAGAUCAGAGUUGAAGAACACCAGGAAUAUGUCCGGUCUUUAUCACAAGGUAAUUACUUGGAAAAGCUCUGUUAGGUUUCCAGGCAUCAGAGCAGGGACAGUGAACACUUGUUUUCCUUUUUGUGGAUAGGGUUCAUAGGUAAGUAGUAGGCAAUCAGUUUGCAGACUAUUUCAAGCCUUGCCAAAAAUCCGUAUUCAAAAUUUCCCUCUAGCAUCAAGGAGAGCAAGCCAAGCUAAACCAACAAAGGGAGUUUGAGGCUGCCCAUCCAAUUAUCUAGGUUAACCCUAAAAGUGACAAGGGUGCUUCACUGCUUCCUUCCUUUAUGAGACUCCCCAACACACACACACACACACACACACACACACCUUGGUGUACUCCCAAGUGUACUCGAGAAGACAAGAAAAAAAAAAAGGCAGGGCUUAGUAUAAUGUCAUUCCAUCUGGGAUGCCUUAUGUUCUAGUAACUCAUUCAGUUGAACAAAGAGAGCUUAUUGCCACUAAUGAAUGUGUGCACCAUGCUAACACAGCAAAAUGGAUUGUUGGUGCAUCUGUACCUUAAAAGCCUAAUGCUGGCAGCAUGAUUAGUCCCAGGCUAGUAGGGUUCAGAGGAUACAUCUGUAGAGAAGUGCUAUGUAUCCAGUUUAUUACAGUAAUAGACUAGAGUCCUUGAGAUAUUCGCUGAGGUUAUAAUUCUUGCAGCUAAAGAUGAACCUGUCUGCUCUUGAUGCUCUUCUCCCCAUGGCUCUCCAUAGUCCUCUCACUCUGCAGUCACUCAGCUUUUGAAGGAAAUCAUGCACUUUAGCUUCGCUGGCAAGCCUGUUCUUCCUGCUUGGAACUUUAAUUUUCCAGCGAAAAAAAGCUGCCCCCCCCCCCCCCCUUGCUGCAUUUGAGUCUAUUGCCUCAGUGACACUUAAGUUUUUAUCCCAGAAAACCUUUUAGUGAAUAUUACCCCAUGGAGGAUAGGGGGAGCCUUAGAACUAAUACCUCCUUUAUACCAAAAACAAUGUCAGAAUUGGUUAUGAAUCAAACAGUCCAGCUACCACUAUUUUUGUAAACCUCAACAGAAGAGGGGAAAAGGAUGUUGCAGCUAGUGAAGGAACAUAGGCAUUUGCAGUGUGUAGAGUAAACAAACAACAUCAGACAGACUGAUCAGCUUUAUCUUCAUUAUGCCAGGUGAGGAAGGCAAACUAAUGUAAAACAGCAGCUCUGUUAAUGGCCGGCUAACUUCAUUGUGCUGUGAUCACCAUGGAAAAACAGAAGGUCAAAUAAGAUCACAGUCACAACAGCUUUAUUUAACUGUCGCAGGGCAUCUGUGAGAAGCCAGUUGAGCCACCAUUCCCACCUUUUCCAAGCGCUACAUGCUGGACAUUCAGUCCAGAAGUAAGCAGAGCUUACCAUUAUGGGUACUACAGGACAUGUUAUCAACACCCCUUCAGGUCUGGGACCAACCUGCCUUCUUGGCAGCUAACUUUAACACUGUUCCUGUAUAUAAAGAAUGAUACUACAGUGGUGAUCCAUACAAUAAGAAUAAUAAAAUUCAGGCCUUGAAGGACAGCAGGGGCCUUUAGGAACUGCACUAUUCUGUUACUGUGGAGGGAGUAAAGAUUAGGUUCUAGCCUGUCUCCAAUACUUAUUGCAUUUUAAUCAAGACACACACACACCUUUAAGGAGGGAGACCAGAGACACCCUUACCAGUGUCUGGGUAGCAGCAUGGUACCAGACCUAUAAACUGCAGACACAAGGGCAUACUUGUUGGUCUCUUAUUUAACCAGAAAAAGAGCUUAAGUUGACAGAAGCUGUUUUGUUUAGUCACACACCAUACUGAUGUCCUGGACAGGAAUAGCAGUUCUUUUCUGCUUGGGGGAUAUUCAGAAAUUCUGGUUGUGAAGGUAGAAAGGCUGAUAUUCUUUUGCGGCUAAUUCCAUUCCCUUGGAUGAGAAGUGAUACUGCAACAGUAACCCUGUUUGAACAUCAGUGUUUUUUUUUUUUAUAUUGUGAGCUUACUCACACAUUUGUUUUUUAUUGUGAGUGUACUCACAGAGCUGCACUGUUAAUUUACAUUUCUGGUUGCAUCAAAAUAAUGAACAUUCAGGCCACAGAAAAAGCAUAAGAUAUUGCUUCCAGAAGCUUUUGUCUUAGGUUCAAAAUAAGUGACACCAUUAAUGCAGUAUGGAGCAUUUUGUGAAUAGUAGUUAUUUGUUUAAAAUGAAAAGGCUGCCAGUUUAUGUUCUUGGAUGGUUAGCCUUUAAGGGUAAAAGCGUUGAUAGAAUUGAUUUGUAUAAUAUACAAAAAUGUGUUCCACAAUCAUAGAAGAAAAUAUAUAUUUACGGAUAUGUAUCAUACAAGUUUAUUUUUAUGCUUGUGGCAGUAAAUAUUGCUGAAAGAUCAUGAAAGAAACUGUUAGCCCAAAGUUCUGUAAAAAGAAAUAAAAGUGCUAUAUUUA